AUGAUACCACGGCUGUCAAGAGUUGUGCUGAUGGUUCGCCAGGGCGAGGCCUUGGCUAAGGCAACUGAAUUUUAUCAUUCUGGCUUGGGUUUGGAAGUAGUACGCGCCACUGAUGACUUUGCGGAGCUCCAAACGGAGAAUCUCGCCGUGAGUUUGCAGGGGGUAACAUCGGAGAGCAAACUGAGCACCGGGUACUCCCCUCUGUUGACAUUUGAAGUCAAAGACAUGGACAGCAUCGUGGCAACGUGCUGCCAGCUGGGAGGCCACUUGGACGGACCGAUUCAGUAUCCAGCAUAUGGGAAGAUUGCUGCAAUGAGGGCUCCAUGCGGGCAUAUGAUUGGUAUCUUUGAGCCCGUCACAGAAGAUUGA